ACCACUUGCAGCUCUCUAGAUUUCCUGAACUUUCCUGCCUUGGGAUACAGAAUAAGCCCCUUUUACUAUUCUACAUAUUUAGUAGCUGCGUAAAUAUGAGUCUUUCACUUGGAAUCCCUUUGCUUCUCCUGUGUGCUCUCUCCUUAGCAAAUGGCAACUUGGUCCAGUUUGCCAGCAUGGUCCGGCAGGUAACGGGCAAACUCGCCUCUCUGCAUUACAAUGGAUAUGGAUGCUACUGUGGCCUGGGAGGCUCCAAGCAACCCUUGGAUGAAACUGACUGGUGCUGCCAUACCCAUGACUGUUGCUAUGGAAAGAUGUCAUCACUUGGCUGUGACCCCAAAUUGGAGACUUAUUCCUACUCUUUCUGGAACGGGGCCUUUCAUUGCAGUGGGAAAACCAUGUGCCUUAGGAUGAUCUGUGAGUGCGACGAAGCAGCUGCCCUCUGUUUCCAAAGAGCUGCCAAGACCUACCGCCUAAGAAACGUCUAUUACCCAAACAUUCUGUGUAGGGGAGCCACCCCUCCUUGCUAGGAUCCCCAGAUUGAUAGUUGCCUAACUGCCCAGCAUUAUACAACUCCCUCCUUCCAGAAGAGAGUACUGUUAAACAUUUGCUAUUGCUCUCAUUACCUUGUAUGACUCCAGCCCUCCAAGUUCUCUGGAAAAUGAUUUUCAAGAAUUUCAAGUAAUGGUCAUUGGAAUUGUGGACACCUCAGUUUCCCUAAAGAUGGAAUAUUUCCUAUCACUAAAACUAGCUGUCGUGUUUGUGAGUGUAAAUUUAAAAAUAUCAAGAAUACCUCCUCUCUUUUCCCCUACUCUAGGAUGAGUGUGGCAGUAAUUUUGUUUAGUUUACCACGUGACAAUAUGCAUUUUGUAAUUAAAUAGCCACUUCUGAGUUAAUGAA